AUGGGUAUAACAUAUAAAAGUAAUUUUGAAGGUGAUGUUAGAAGAUUUUCAAGUGACCAUCCAUUAACAUAUACAAGAUUACAAGAUAAAUUAGUAAAUUUAUACAAUUUAUAUGAAAUUUCAUUCGGAAUUACUUAUUUAGAUGAUGGUGAUAAUAUAACAAUAGCAGAUGCAAAGGAUUUAGAAGAAGCUCAUAAUUUAUUAGGAAAUGAAAUUUUAAGAUUAACCAUCACAAGAAAACUAAACGAAAAUAAAAAUAUUAAUAAUAGUAGUAGUAGUAGUAAUAAUAAUAGUAAUAAUAGUAAUAAUAAUAAUAAUAUUGAUUCAUUAUUUGUUCAAUUAUUAUCAAACCAAUUUGUUCAACAAAUGAUUCCUCAAGUUAUGAAUAGUUUAGCAACCAAUCCAGCCUUAAUGACUUCGAUCAUUCAAACUGCUGGUUCAGCUUUAAGAAAUAAUGGUGUUAAUAAUAAUAAUAAUAAUAAUAGCAAUAACAAUACUAAUAACAAUAACAAUAAUAAUAAUAAUGUAAAUAGCGGCGAUAAUAAUAAUAAUAAUAUCAAUUGUAACAUAAAACGUAAUUCACCACAUCUUUUAAAUGCAAGUCUUGGUAAUAAUUUUCACACUCAUUCCACAGAUUCAAUAGUUGCAACUUUAAAACCAAUUAUCGAUGAAGAAAAUAAUGGCAAUAAUAAUAAUAAUACAACACGCAUUACAUUAACAUCAUCAAAUGGUAAUGAAUCAUGUAAUGGUAGUUUUUCAUCAUCAAUUUCAUUUGAAAUGGUAAAUAAAGAAUCCGAUUCCGAUAAUCAAUAUUCAACAUCCUCUUCAACAACUUCUUCAACCUCAGCAACAAGUAAUAGUCAUUCUUUAAAUAAUAGACCACCAUCGCCAAUGGAAAACUUAAAUAAAUCACCUUCAACAAUUGUAUCAUCAUCAUCUUCAUCAUCAUCAUCAUCUUCUAGUUCAUCAACCACUUCCAGUUCAUCAACCACAACUACUACAACUACAACACCACUACCACCACCAACCACAACAACAAAUAAUCGUUUAUCAGGUAUUCCAAAAUCAAUUUUUAAUAUUUUACCAUUCACAAAUACUACACACAGUAGCAACAACAAUAAUAAUAAUAGCAAUAAAAUAGAAAUAAAACCAAAACAAGACGAACCAUCAAAUGUAAAUAAUACUUUAUCAUCAUCAUCUAAACCAAUAGCUACUCCAACAACAGCAACUCCAACAUCACAACAACAACAACAAACAAAUUCAUCAUCACCAAAACAAGAUCGAAAUAUGUCAACAUCACCACAACAACCACCAUCACAUCCACAUAAUUCACCAAAUCAUUUAUUCCAACAUAACUUUAGUAAUCCUUACAUUUAUCAAAAUGGUAAUGUAGGUGCUACUCAACCACCACCAUUACCACAAUCACCAUUUAUUCCACAACAACCAGUUGCACCAUUAGUACAACAACAACCAUUACCAUCUGCACCAUUAUCACAAGAUCAACAACAACAACAACAACAACAACAACAACAACAACAACAACAACAACAACAACAACAACAACAACAACAACAACAACAACAACAACAACAACAACAACAACAACAACCAUUACCAACAGCACCAUUAUCACAAUCACAAGAACAACAACAACCAUUAUCUAGCGAAAGUAUAAAAUUCAUUAAAGAGGCUUUACAAAUCUCUGAAUCCGAAGCAAUCAAAUUAUUUGAAAAAUACGGAGGAGAUCUUGAUAAAAUCUUUUCUGAAAUUAAAAACUAA